AUGACAAAACGUCUUACCCCACAGGAGAAAUUGAGUAGGAAGCCAGCUAGCAGAGCGUGCACCUUUUGUCAUCAAAAGCAUCUACAAUGUUCCAAUGAAAGACCGUGCAAGAACUGUGUCAAGCGCAAUAUUGCCGAUCAAUGUCAAGAUAUAACCCGCAAACGAGUCAAGUACCUCACUGGCGCUAAUAGUAAGGCAGUAGCAGCGGCAACAACUCCAGAAGCAACUACCACAACUCCUAAAAGAAAACAAAAACGGUCUGUGAAAGGUUCACCUUCAAUUAGUUUUCCAUCAAGCAGUAUUUCUCCCAUAAAUACGAGCACCUUUGAUACAAAUGGGCAUCCCAAUGGGCAUCCAAAUGACCUACUACGGCAGUCACUAGAAGCAUCACAGGCUGGACAAGCUCAAGCACCUUCACUGCUGGAGAUUCAAGGGCCAUUUCCUCAAAUGCAAACUCUUCAACCUACGCACACUGUUGCUAGCGAAACUAGUUCAAGCUAUUCACAGGUACAACCUCAACAUCAUCCGGAAUCAUCAGUUCCGCCAUCAGCACCACCAGAAUCUGUGGAUCAACUGCAGCAGCUUAUGAUGCACGAUUCUGCUUACUUCAAUACCAACAAUGUAGCCCUAAAUCCUACUAAUGUAUUGGAAGCAGAUCCAUUUGACGGACAUACUAAUACCAUGCUCAAUACCACUACCGACGUCUUGAAUAAGCUACUUAAUGACCAUUAUGAAAUAGAUAAUAUUUUGCAGCCGCCUGAUGAUGCUCUGCUUGUGGACCAACAACAGUCUUCAUCAGAAGCCACUGGCACAUCUGCAUCAAAAGCGGUACCGAUGGGUCCUAGUCAUAGCAAUACACAUUUCAGUUCGAAUUACCUUAACGAAGAGUAUUUGAUGCUUGGAGAUAUAUUACUACAAUCCAAGCCCACAUCACCGUCUCCCUCAAAUACUAGCGCGUCCGAGUACAAUAUGCUUUCUCCAAGCUAUACCCAGAAUAUUGAUUUUGAUAAUAUACAUCUGUCCAAGAGAAAAGUUGUUCAAAAAUUGAAGGAUUCGAGACCAUUCAUAUCGCUUGGGUUUCCCAAGGACUCAUCAUUAAGUUUGGAUAAUUUAAACAAUAUGGCACAUCAAACUGAUAAUUUGCUAGAUAAUAAUGUCAGUUCACGUGGUAAUAACAACACCAGCAAUCAAAAGUUGCAAUCAGCAAUCGCAAGCAAAACUUCAAAGACGAAUCCCAUCAUUAAUUUUGCGACAAAGUAUUCAACAGAAUAUGUAUCGCCACUUUCAACGCACCAGAUAUAUCAAACUGUGUCUGAUAUUUAUUCUAAAGAUGUGUUGAAUUACGAGUACCCCAACUCUUAUCAUGCAUUAACGCAUUUUCUAAAAACACGGUUUUCAGGGAAUAAUCUACCACAUGAGGAGAAGGCGCGUAAACGGCAGAAUCUUUUGGUUAUUUUAAAGCUUAUUGCAAGCUAUAGACCAACAUUCAUUAGUGCACACAAGUCAUUACUCAAGCCGCAGGAUUUGUUAUUUUUGGAAAUGAGUUUUCAAAGAUGUUUAAUUGACUAUGAAAAAUUGAGUCAGUUGAAUUCUUCGCCAACCAUAAUUUGGCGUCGUACAGGCGAGAUUGUUAGCAUUACAGAUGAUUUACUAAGUUUACUUGGUUACAAACUACUGGACAUUUUGUCAAAGAGGACAUUUAUAAUGGAGAUAAUGUACGAUGAUGAGUCUAUAGUCAAGUAUUUCCAGCUUUUCAAAUCGGUUGCUGUAGGGAACUUGCACUCGAGCAUCAACACCAAAGUGAAAUUAAUCAAGAACGGAGGCGCGGUGCCAGGUGGAGGUACAAGCAACGGCAAAUACAACUACAACAACAACUACAAUCACAACUACAGCCAUAACAACAACAACAACAACAACAGCAACAAUUCUAAUAACAAUGGUAUGAGUACUGGUGCUGGGAACAGCGGUGAUGGAGAUGGACUUGAAAAUAAUGUUGGAACCAAUAGUUAUAUUGAGUUUUGUUCUGUUUGGACGGUCAAGAGGGAUUUGUUUGAUAUUCCAAUGUUAAUUAUCGGACAGUUUCUUCCUAUAUUGCCCGCUGGUGACGGUGUUCGUAUGUACUAA